CCCAGAGCCAUUGACACAAAGAACCACUUCCUCAAUUAUCCUUAUUCCCGACCGCUUCUUGGGACAAAUUUAAUUCAGACCAGUCAGACCCACGUCCGACGACUGGUUUGUCCCAAUGGCAAACAUGGCGAUGCGUCACCCUGCGCUCACCUUUGUGCGGGCCUUUUCCUCAACCCCGAGCGUCGCCGCCAGAUCUACGGGAAGCAAAAUCGCGGUUUUGCAUAAAAACAUACCUGAAUACCCCUAUGGCCCUGCGCGCUGGUACAAGCAAUCCAACUUUGGCCUUUAUGGCGGCAGCCGUAUCCAGUUCGGCAACAAAGUCAGCGAAAAGAACGAAAUCAAAACGCGGCGAAAAUGGCGGCCCAAUAUUCGAUACAAGAAACUUUACUCGGUGGCCCUGCAAAAGUACUUGCGAAUCAGGAUCAAUACUCGCGUUUUACGAACAAUUGACAAAGUUGGCGGGCUCGACGAAUACCUGCUGGGCGACAAGGCGAUGCGACUAAAGGAGCUCGGUAUGGAGGGUUGGCUCUUGCGGUGGAGAAUCUUGCAGACCGAGAGUGUAAAGCAAAGAUUCGCAGAAGAGCGCAAGAGGCUUGGUCUCCCUGAACAAAACUUGUCUGCGAUGUCGAGCGACGGUCGAGUGGUCAGCGUGGAAGAACUGCAAGAGGAGAUCCAAAGAUUUGAUCAAGAGCUGAAUGCGCAACAGCAAGUUGCGGCGAAGGAGGAUGCUGAAGAAAGCCUGGAAAAUGACUUCAUGAGGGAGGAGCCGGCGCCGGAAAAGCCAAAGGCGACGUUGUAAAAAGUGUCAAGCAAAGUCUGUUAUUGGGCGAAGUCCUAAUGGCCUGGCAGCGGCCAUUAACUGGGUAAACACCUUGUAUAUUAUUUAUUUGUAUAGAAUCUGUAUUUGUUUGGGAGGGUAUGCAUAUCUUAUAUUUGCAUAUACUGUUUUAUGGGAAGCAAAAUCUCGCAUAUGUCAGGUC